CGAAUGGUGAUGCAAGCCUUUAGUCGGAUGCGUCCUUUGCGCAUCUCGGCGAUAAUAGUUGUCUCCAUCAGUGCAUUCUUUAUAAUAUACCUCUCAUUUGGAUCAUUCUCUCGUCCUGGUAACAUCAAUGCUCAUUUAUCAUUACCAACCCAAGAUCCAGAAACCCUUAAAAGACUCGCAGAAGAAGAUCAGCGCAGACGGGAAGAAGAACAAAAAUUUCUUGAAGAAGAGAGACGCCUCACACGUCUUCGAUGGAUAGAAAAUCAUCGCAGCGUUAUUGAGCCUGUUAUAAAGGCAACAACCAAAGACAUAGAUCAACUUGUAAUAUCUCAUGAUAUAGCUAUCACUAAUCCUAUAAACCCAUGGACAGAUGCGGAUAAACGCCUUUUGGAAACAUCUCUUGGCCAGAAAUUGCUGGCGGAUCUGUUUACUAUCCCCGAGCCAAUACCUAACUUUAAGACACUUACGUUUCAACAACGUGUAUACAAAGGUCUUUUUCAGUACCUUGAUCCUAUCAUUACUGAAGGUCAAAUUGACGUAACUACAGACCCCACAUACAGUUCUACUUGGGAUCUUUUUCAAAAACUUGAAAACACACUUUAUCCAUGGAUUUCGCCACAUUGGGAAAAUUCAUUUCACAUCAACAACAACACCCGCGGAAGAGGUAUUGUUAUUUGCGUAGGCAACAAUCAAUUUAAAUACGCUGCAACCACAAUCCGUGGAAUUCGCCAAGUCCUCCAUUCGAACCUACCUAUCGAAGUAUUCUACAUCAGAGAGAAUGAUUUGUCGCCCAUAAAACGUCAGUACCUUGAAACAGAGUUUACUGACGUCAAAACACGCCAGGUGGUACAUUCCAUAAAUGACCGAUUUACUCAAUUUGGUGGUUGGGCUGUUAAGCCAUAUGCGAUACUGGCCAGUAGCUUCUCUGAAGUCAUUCUGAUGGAUGCGGACGUCUUCUUCUUUAAGCGGCCCGAUAUUUUGUUUGCCGAUGCUGGCUACAAGAAGACGGGCGCACUAUUCUUUUAUGAUCGCACCCUUUUUUCAGGAUGGUCAAAGGGUAGAAUGUGGCUACAGUCAUUUUUGCCUACCGGAAGCUCUUUAUUAAAGGAAACGCGAUGGUGGAAAAGUACAUCCGCGCAUGAACAAGAGUCAGGUGUUGUUGUGAUUAAUAAAAAUAAAUCACUAUUGGGACUCUUGUCAACUUGUAAGAUGAAUGACAAGCAAGAGAGAGACAAGGUGUCAUACCAAUACGCUCAUGGUGAUAAAGAGACAUUUUGGAUUGGAUUUGAGAUGGUUCAAACCCCAUAUUCUUUCAUCAAGUCGUAUGGUGCUGUAAUCGGAGGAUUAGGAGAUGCGGGAGAUCCAAGUAUGGUGUGUGGAAACCAGCUUCAUUUAGACGUAGAUCAGGAACCACUCUGGUGGAAUGGGGGAUUGUUACGAGAUAAGAACAAGUGGCCAGAUCGAUACCUCACCUUUACACACUAUGCACAGGGUGUUGACUGGGCGUUUGAGACAUCCUGUAUCCGUGAGACGGAUAAAAUUCGAGAUUUUAGCGCUAAGGAUAGAAAGACUGCUUUGGAAUAUGUCACUCUAGAUCAGCAGCGAAGAAAAGACCAAAACCUUAUAGAGAAAGCCAUUUGGAAGCCUAAACCCAAGAUUUCUCCUGAAGACGAUAUGGAGGAGGAAUAGUAAUUAUUUCCUUUUUGAAUUGACCAUCUGUAUGAAUACCACUUUGUUUUUUGUGUAAAUUAUCUUAAGAUUGUCUCUGAUAAUGAAUAUUAUUAUAAACAUCUCUAAAUAUCUAUAUCCAAAUAUAUAUAUAUAUAUAUUUGGGAU